AUCCAAAGGCCUGGCUCAGGAGUGAUCCUGUGCCACCUGUACCAUCAAGAUCAAGAUGAAGAUGCUUUUCGGCCGACUCGGCAGCUAAGCGACGUCAACAGUUAACACGACGACCAAGAAAUGGCGGGGAACUUCUGGCAGAGCGCUCACUACCAGCAAUGGAUCCUGGACAGUCAAGACCUGAUCCAGGAGCGCCGGCCAGACCUGGAGGUGCUCACUGAGGAGGAAUACCAAAAGAUUAUGAUUUUCUUCACUAAUUUCAUCCAGCAGCUGGGUGAGACACUGAAGCUCCGGCAACAGGUGAUAGCCACAGCCACCACGUUCCUCAAGAGGUUCUAUGCCCGGAAUUCCCUGCGCUGCAUUGACCCACUGCUGCUUGCCCCCACCAGCGUCUUCCUCUCAUCCAAAGUGGAGGAGUUCGGCGUCAUCUCCAACAGCAGGCUCAUCUCCACCUGCCAGUCUGUGGUGAAAAACAAGUUCUCUUAUGCCUACACCACUGAGUUCCCAUAUCGCACCAACCACAUCCUUGAGUGCGAGUUCUACCUGCUGGAGAGUCUGGACUGCUGCCUCAUCGUCUAUCAGCCCUAUAGGCCACUGGUGCAGUACAUGCAAGAUCUGGGGGGGGAGGGGGAGGUGCUGCAGCUGGCCUGGCGCAUUGUCAAUGACAGCCUCAGGACGGAUGUGUGUCUACUCUUCCCGCCUUAUGAGAUUGCCCUCGCCUGCAUCCACAUGGCAUGCGUGGUGCACCAGAAGGACUGCAAGCAAUGGUUUGCUGAGCUCAACACCGAUCUGGACCGCAUCAUGGAGAUAACACGCUAUAUCCUCAACCUGUACGAGCUGUGGAAGACCUAUGAUGAGCGCAAGGAAGUCCAGGCGCUGCUGCAGAAGAUGCCCAAGCCUACCACACAGCCGGUGCCCCGGUGAUCGGAGCCCAGCCUCUACAGGAUGUGUGAGGGGCCAGCAGGGGCUGCAGGGAUGGCUGCUGGGGGGGUGGUGGGGGGGCUGCAAGCAGCCAUGUGUGACACUCAGCCCCAGACACAGCAGCAGUGCUUCCUGGCUGCUGCUGCUGCUGCUGCCGCUGCUGCUGCAGCUAUGUCAGAGCAAGAAGGGAAUUAAAGAGGGAGGGAGGGAAGGGAAGAGUGCAAGGAAUUGUUGUGACAUGGGUCAGUGAAGAGAGAACAAAGGAAAUGUUAUGUGCCAGUUAUUGUGUUCAGAUUGUAGAGACAGAGCAGGGCAGUGUAGUGAUGUGAUGGACAGAGUGGCACACUGCAGGUCAGGGAGGUACAGAGUCUGAUGGCUGGAAGAUGUACAUAAGUCAGGGCUGGAAGGCAGGUCCUCAGUUGUGAUGGAGGAAGGUACAUGUGCUUGCUAGGUAACCUGCCAGAAUUAUGCCAAGACAGGGUAGGAAUAAAUAACAGAAAAGAUCUUGCUUCAUGAAGCAUUGAGCCAGUAGGGCUGAAUACAAGGAAAAUUUGGUGCCUCAUUCAUGUGGCGAGUCAGGAAAAGACAAUACCUCUGCACCACACUGGUGUCUUAGGGUGCCUCAAGGGACCUCAGGGCUGCUGCUGCUGCUGCUUGUGGGUACAGCACAGGCCAGCCAGCCAAUUAGUGUUAGUGGCUGGUUUCCUAUGAACCUGAAAGCAGAACAAGCCACCUGCAUUCCUUUAUGUGUCUCCACUUCCCGUCAUUCUAUUCACUAACUUUCCUGGUGAAAGGUGCACACCAGCAGUGAAGGAAUUUUUGCAGAUUUUGUAGUGGUGUAAGUUUUUUUUUUAACCUGUAAAGUAUUUAGUACAUAUAUACAAUUAAGUUUUUGAGCCACAUUAUGGCCUUCAAUUUUGUUUGUAUAUAUAUAUAUAUAUAUAUAUAUAUAUAUAUAUAUAUAUAUAUAUAUAUAUAUAUAUAUAUAUAUAUAUAUAUAUAUAUAUAUAUAUGACUUGUUACUAACAGUAACAAAGAAUAUUUUGGCAGGUCAGGAGUGAAUGUUUUCAUACACAUACCUGUUUUGGGCUUGGAGUUAUUAUAGACUGAAUACUUUUGUAGAAACCGAGACAUACUUAGGGGAUUUGGUAUUUCGAUGUCCAUGUCAACAUACAUAUAAUGUCAAAGCAAUAAAGUGAAAUUGAAAGCUACAGUAUUGGAGGGAUAAAGAUUUUGGUUAUAAAUGUUGCAGAAUUGGCUACACAGGGCGGGCUGCUGUGUUUCCCAAAAAAUCAUCAUAAAAAAAUGUUACUUUCUCCUGUGAAAUUACUUAUCAAAUCUAUAAUCAGUAAGGCAUAAAAAAUAGGAAACAAGACUUCAGAGUAAUCGGAAAGGAUAACUGAAAGUUGUAAAAUUCAUAGUAAGUUCUAUUCUUUGAGAACUGCAGGUGUAGUAGCCAUAGCCUUGAGAUGUGGAAUAGUGCCAGAUGCACAUCCAUUUUCUUAACCCUAGAUCAUUAAACUUGUUUCCCAGUUACACUAUCACUAAACUUGGGUUUCUCACACCCAUUUUGGAAAAUUGAAAAACCAUACCAAAUACACAGAUUUAUUAAAGUAAACAUUAACACACUUAAUUUUCAGUAUAUAACUAAUACCUAGACCUAUUAUUUAUUACUUUUUCCCUUAAUUACAUUUUUUCAAUUAAUUAAAAAAAAUUAAGUAUGAAAUUUUUUUUUUAAAUGACAAUUUAGAAAAAUAUUCAUAAAAAAAAAAAAACUAAACUGCUGAUUUCCUUCUUUUGUAGUUUUCUCCCAGAUGGAUUAGCUCUACUCUGAGACUAAUCCAACUAAACUAGGGUGUUAGAAACCCAAUCUGUAAAUAAAACGGGAGCAGUAAACUCGGGUGUAAGGCACCUGAAUGGUAAUUUAUGGAAAAAAACUGGUGCACGCAGCGGAGAAACGUGACUCACCUUUGUCUGAGUUUGUGAAACACUGAAGGUACUGAAAAGUACAUGGCAGUUGUCACAUGGGAACAUUACUUGAUCAGCAUGACUUCACUAGCCCCAGGUGUCUCACACCCGAGAUUAGUUCUCUAGGGUUAAAUGUACAAUUCUUGUUUAUUUAUAGAUAUUUGUAAUGUAAAGAAGUACUUAUGUAUUACACACCCUAUAGAGUUGUAGAAAGUGCAUGUAAAAGUGAAAAUAAAAGCUUUAAAAAAUAUAAAAUUCCA